AUGCAUUUCGCCUGCCGAAACGGUUUUUUGAAGGUGCUGGAAUACGCCCUAUCGGAGGUGCCGUUGUCGCAGUUAACGAGUAAAACGAACUUCGUGCAAGAAACAACAAGCAGAAGCGCAAGUACAGCAAUAGUAACGAGUAGUACCACGACAGGCGUUCUUGGGGGCUCCACUUCUUCGUGUCCACCGAGAAAAGGUGAAGCUGCGCAACAAGAGCUUCCUGAUCCUGCGACGCCGCAUGAGAAAUCCAAAUCUUCAGAUUAUGCUAGUGUAGUCGAUGAGGUUUCUAUCAUCCGGGAGAACGCGCUCGUGUUUGCUGCCUUGAACGAACAGGUAGAAGUGACAAGCCGGCUGCUGGAACCGGGGUUGCUACUCCUCUGGGCGAAGGCAGACAUCGAACGGGCGAAACUGAUUGCGGCGCGGAAUAAGCAGAGCGUGGACGAAAGGGGGAAGAAGCUGGUAGAAACCAUUGAAAAAAAGGUUAGCAAAGCCGCGGCGGAAGUAGAACAACUACAGGAAGCUGACGGCGUGGGCGAAGCGGUGGCGCCAAAUGUUGGGGUAGAUUAGGACAAACUUUUUUUUCUGCGUGUGAAGAACAAAUGGAAAUGGUAGCUCUGAGCAUUUUCAGUUCCUUCAUAUUGGGUUGUUAGGACAUUGGAGCUUCAAACAACUUUAUUUUCUUGUGACGCUGCUGUCAUGUCAUACUUGUUGACCUGCAGAACAGGUCUAGUGAUGAUAGCGGCUGAUUUUAUAUUGGAUAACGACCUCCGUCCACCGUGUCCGGUUUGUUAUGUAUAGCAGGAGGAAAGAACAGAUGAAUCAGUAGUAGUAUCAGUGAUUCACUUGUCUCAGACUCAGUUAAAAAUAAAACUGUGCACCGUUUCUCGCUCUCCAUGGGGAGGCCCAAUAUUGAAAGUCUAAUCAGAAACAUCUCCAACACUAAUGAUUUUUCCAAGAAAGAUGAAAUUGCAAUCGCGAUGAAUGAGAAUCAAUUCUCAAGAAAAACAGAGGCAGAUCUGAAAAUCCAUAAUAAGGUAAUAGCUGCUGGAAAGCUCGAGAAAGAGCAACUUCAAUUGAAUUGUGCC